GCGCAGCGAGGAGGCCCGCCGGCCAAUUAUAAAACCUCAGUCCGAGCAGGCGCUCCACUCGCACUGCUACUACGCUCGAGCUAGCCUCCGCUACUUUGCCGUGUUCCUCUCACGGAUAGCAUCAGAUCAGCAUGGGCUCCUACGUUCAGGGUGAGGAUCAAGUUCCCGUCUAUGAAUCUGGUGCAGAUGCCCUGCAGAAGCUGCAAGAGAAAUGGAAGUCCACGGCGGCGCCGUACCCGGCAAUGUAUUCGAGCUUCUUGGGCGGCAUCGUCCUGGACCCGGCCAUGAUGGCCCUCCCCAUCGACGACCACAUGGUCCACCGCGGCCACGGCGUCUUCGACACGGCCAUGCUCCUCGACGGCCACCUCUACGAGCUCGACGCGCACCUGGACCGCUUCCUGCGCUCCGCGGCCCAGGCCAAGGUGGGCACUCCGUUCCCGCGCGACACGCUGCGCAGCAUCCUCGUGCAGAUGACGGCGGCGUCCGGCUGCCGGAAGGGCUCCAUCCGGUACUGGCUGAGCUCCGGCCCCGGCGACUUCCUGCUCUCCUCCAGCGGCUGCCCCGGCCCGGCCUUCUACGCCGUCGUCAUCCCGUCCGACUACGCGCAGUGCCGCGACGGCGUCCGCGCCGUGACCACGUCAGUGCCCAUGAAGCCGCCGCUGUUCGCCACCAUGAAGAACGUCAACUACCUCCCCAACGUGCUGUCCAUCAUGGACGCGGAGGAGCGCGGCGCGUUCGCGUCCGUGUGGGUGGACGAGCAAGGGUACGUCGCGGAGGGGCCCAUGGUGAACGUCGCCUUCGUAACCCAGGGCGGCGAGCUCGUGCUACCGGUGUUCGACAAGAUCCUCAGCGGCUGCACCGCCAAGCGGAUGCUGGCGCUGGCGCCGAAGCUCGUUGAGGCCGGCCUGCUCAAGGGCGUCAGCACCCAGCACAUCACCGCCGACGACGCCAAGCGCUCCGUGGAGAUGGCCUUCGUCGGCAGCGGCCUGCCCGUGCUGCCCAUCGUCGAGUGGGACGGCCAGCCCAUCGGCGACGGGAAGGUGGGGAAGCUGAUGCUGGCGCUGUCCGAUCUGCUGUGGGAGGAUAUGAAGUCCGGGCCGGACAGGGUCGCCGUUCCAUACAAGUAAAUCCAGGGGAGGGGAAAGCUAGAGAGAUCGCUUGCGCAUGCGUACGGGCACGUUCGUUCGUGUGUGAGCCGACACGCAAUUUGUGGCCGUACUGUUUGUCACUUGACGCGUCAAGUCCUGUAUAACUGUGUUAUGUGUGUGCCGGAUGGAUGACUCAGCAGAUGAAUAAUACGAUCUUGGGUUU